AUGAAGCGCGGAGCACAACGACAGCUUACACGAGACGACGAUGACAUGGACGGGGAUGACAGAGACGAAGAUGAAGAGCCGCAGCGGGGCUUGCAGAAGGCGGACACUUCCACCUUGUCGAACAGGCCGAUGAAGGGCCUUCCAAAGAGGCGAUCAGUGGCCCCCGCCACAAGUGCUGCAGUACCUCCUCCUCCUGCGCCUGAUGCCAAAGAGACUUCUCCGCCGCCACGGUUUCCUGGGUUUGUGGGCUUCGGCUCUGGCUCGUCUUUCACCACAACUACUUCCUCAGAAAACGCAGCUUCACAGAAGUUUAGUGGCUUCUCCGGGUUCGGAGCGAAGUCCUCGAACCCCUUCUCAGCGGGCGUGGCCAUCGCACCCCCAACGCCAGCAGCCGUACCGUCCUCAGGGUCUGCGUUCCCAUUUGGGACAUCAAGUUCUACGACAAGCUCUACUUCAGCCACUGGCAACGGGCCCGCUGUGUCUUCGUCAGCCUCACAAGCCACGAAGAACUUCGCUUCGUUCCUCGGGUCCGGUACCACCAAUGGCGCCACUACGACCGGCAAGACAGAAAAGGCUGGUGGUGACGAGGAUGCCCUCCUGAAAGAAGAGGUCGAUUACCUUUCCCACAUUCGUGGGUUGAACAUGUCGCUGCUCACAACAGUCAAGACGGCUAUCGAAAUCGAUCCGUUCGUGGACGUGGGCAGCAUCCUGGAGAUGUAUAAGAGUUUGAGGCUCACGGAGAAGAAGAAGUUUGACGAGAAGGUCGGGGAUCUCAAGGGUAGUGCCACAAAGGAAGCAGACAAGAGCAUCACAACAACGAGUGCGUUUGCUCCACCGCCCUCGAUGCCGAAGCCCCAGUCUAUUUUUACUGGCUUCGGUCUACCUAAAUCUACAAGUGACAGUGAACCUCCUCCAGUACUGGCUAAGUCGGGUGGCUUGCCGCGUGGCCCUGGCCUCUUCGAAUUCGGCAAGUCCAGCUCAUCCUCUUCGGCAUCAUCCCCGCCAGCAUCUUCGUCACAACCUUUCGUAUUCGGAGCAGGGUCAUCCGGCUCUUCCUCGUCUGCCAAAGGUGUAGGAUUCUCCUCGCUUGGUAAAGGUAGACCCUCGGAGGACAGGUCCAGCGACGCGCCUGCGUCGAGUGCUUCGCCAUUCUCCUUUGCCGCUACCGCGCCAGCCGCCAACCCCUUCGGCAAACCUGCCGACAAGGACACGGGCAUGGAUGAGAACAAGAGCACUUUCCCAUCAUCCACCAGCGGUAACUCUGCUUCGGGCGGCCCCUUCAGUGGUCCGACGCCCUCCAGCUCCGGCUCAACCUUGUUCGGCGGAUCCUCUACCCCGUCCGCAUUCUCGACCCCGACUUCCUUUACCACGCCUGAGAAGUCAUCAUCCUCCGGCUUCACGUUCGAUAGUACUACGCCGCCCAAAUUCGCAAUUAGCGGCGCGGCGCCCUCGCAGCCCAAUCGGUCGAGCUUCGGUGCGUUCCCCAGGGCCGCUGCGCUGGGUAGCAUAGGCAAUCCGGUGGGCUUUGGCUUUGGUAGCCCACCGAAGGACUCUGACGACAGUGCUUCGUCUUCAUCUUCUAACGCCCCCAAACCAUUCUUAUUCGGUCCACCGAAGGAUAAGCCUGCUGAAGAGACCAAGACAGAGGGUGCGGCGGAGAGUAAAGGCCAGGAGGCAACCGGGGACGAGCCGCCACCGAUGCUCAUCACGGGUUCUAUCCACGACAAAGAGGGCGAGGGCGAGGAGCAUGAGACGACAACACAUGAAAUCAAGAGUAAGGUGUACAAGAUGGUGAAGGAUGAGGAUGGGCAGAGCAGAUGGGCAGACCAGGGUGUCGGGAUGUUGCGGCUGAAGAAACACAAUGAGACCGAUGCACGACGAAUGCUACUCAGAAAUAGCAGCACAGGGAAGGUCGUCAUUAACUUCCGUAUCUACUCCGGCAUGAACGCGAGAGCGGACAAGAACGUCGUCUCGUUCGUCGGUCACGAGGAUGGCGCACAAGCAACCUACAGGAUACGAACAAAAACGGAAGAGCAGGCGACCGAUCUCAAGUCCGCGGUCGACCGCGAAAUCGAGUUCGUCCGUGCGUAA